AUGUUGUUGAAGGAGGUACUGCCUACUGGCGUCGAGGUACAUUCCGGUCCGGUGCAUAUCUUCGCAUGCGAGGAGAGGAGGCAGGUACAUGUGGUUGGGCCGGACUCCUCAGCAUCUGCCCAUGUCCUCUACCUGGGCCUUCCGCGGUUUAUUCCCUUUCAGUUGCAGCUGCCGGCACUGAAGCACUGGGCCAGGGUGCUGCGCGUGAAGAUCUGGGCGAUCACGGAAGAUAGCAUCGACAUUGACAGGUUGAAACCUGGCACUGAUCCCCGCGAGUUCCAGGAGGAGCUUGUUUCUUUGGUAACUGCCUUGCUGCCACUGCUGGGAGACAAGUUUCUAUUCGUCGACAGUACGUUUGGCUGUGGCACAUCUCUGGCGUGGCGGUUUAGAGAAAAGCUUUCGGGGGCAUUAAUUUUCAACGUCCACCUCUUCAUGGCACCUGAUUUCGACGGGACGGAGCCUGCAAAGAAGAUUAAGAACCGAAUGGCAAAGCUGGGCGAGUAUUUCGAUCAACGGGACAUGGACAAUAUCUUGGGGGUGCUCCCCGACUUCAUGUACCCGACGGGCGGCGCAGAUGGGGUGGAGGCCACAAAGAAGGCCUAUGCGGAGGCACUGUCUUCGGCGUCGGAGAAGUUUUGGAAGCUCUCUGCGCUGCAGCCUUCGUGGAAUUUCGAGCACCUGACGACCAUCCUGAGUUCGCAAGAGGAAUGGCACAUGGACUCGCUUCCUGUGGUGUUGGCCUGCAGUGAUCAAGCACCCCUGGUGGUCGUCUCCGAAUCCACGCAGAGGCUGCACCACCUUUUGCCAGGCUCAAAACUCGAGUUCAUCCCUUCCUCCAAGUGGUCAUGGCAGCUGGAGGGCGACGCCGUCCUCGCGUCAGUUACCGAACUGCUGGACACUCUGCUGCCCCGAUGGCUGUCAGACAAGCACUUGAACAAGCGUUCCUCUUUGCCACUUCUGGACCAGCAGGUCAUUAUCCCUCCGACCAUCGAUGCUGCUGGGGACGAAGCGUUUUGUCGCAGCUGUACUGGAAGCUGCCGUGCUGAGCAGAACCUCUGCCCAGUGCAAUGA